GUCCUGGGAGAAGAUCUCCACAAAGGAAGGCUUCGGAGGAUCAGGACAGCCACAGGCUCUUGACAGCCAAGGACACAGGUUUGUGAGCUCCCAACAGGAGCCUGGACCCCGCGGUCCCAAAGAUGGCCGGAAACUGCUCCUGGGAGGCUCAUGCCACCAACCAGAACAAGAUGUGUCCAGGUAUGAGCGAGGCUCAGGAGCUCUACAGCAGAGGCUUCCUGACAAUUGAGCAGAUUGCCACACCCCCUCCGCCUGCCAUCACAAACUACAUCUUCCUGCUGCUGUGCCUGUGUGGCCUGGUGGGUAACGGCCUGGUCCUCUGGUUUUUCGGCUUCUCCAUCAAGAGGACACCCUUCUCCAUCUACUUCCUGCACCUGGCCAGCGCUGAUGGGAUCUACCUCUUUAGCAAGGCUGUGAUUGCCCUCCUGAACACGGGGGCCUUCCUAGGCUCCUUCCCAGACUACGUGCGCAGGGUGUCCCGGAUCGUGGGGCUCUGUGCGUUCUUCGCGGGUGUGAGCCUCCUGCCAGCCAUUAGCACCGAACGCUGCGUGUCCGUCAUCUUUCCCACCUGGUACUGGCGUCGGAGGCCCAAGCGCCUGUCUGCUGGGGUCUGUGCCCUGCUCUGGCUGCUGUCCUUCCUGGUCACUGGCAUCCACAACUACUUCUGUAUGUUCCUGGGCCGUGAGGCCUCAGGGACAGCAUGUCGCGACAUGGACAUCUCCCUGGGCAUCUUGCUGUUCUUUCUCUUCUGCCCACUCAUGGUACUCCCCUGCCUGGCACUCAUCCUGCAUGUAGAGUGCCGGGCACGGCGCCGCCAGCGCUCUGCCAAGCUCAACCAUGUGGUCCUGGCUAUUGUCUCAGUCUUCCUUGUGUCUUCCAUCUACUUGGGGAUAGAUUGGUUUCUCUUCUGGGUCUUCCAGAUCCCUGCCCCCUUCCCCGAGUAUGUCACUGACUUGUGUAUCUGCAUCAAUAGCAGCGCCAAGCCCAUCGUCUACUUCCUGGCUGGGAGGGACAAGUCUCAGCGCCUGUGGGAACCUCUCAGGGUAGUCUUCCAGCGGGCUCUACGGGAUGGUGCAGAGCCCGGAGACACUGCUAGCACCACACCUAACACAGUCACCAUGGAGAUGCAGUGCCCCUCUGGGAAUGCAUCAUGA